UCUAUGCCUCGAAAUUCGAUUGUUGAUAGCAAAUUUAAUGUCUUUUACUUGUUACAGUUAAUUUUUGUCUUUUGAAUAGGUAACGAAUUGAGUAAUUUUUAUUGUCAAUAUGUUUGUACAAUAGUAAUUUUUCAAUUAAAUGAGGUGAUGCCAAAUUUAUUAAUAAGAAUUUGUUGAUUCGGAUCCACAUUAUUACCUUCUGUUCAACAUUAUUCAUUACAUUUUAUUUUAGAUAUUACUAUAUUCGCCGACCUGUUAAACUGUUGUAAUUUUACUGUCUACGUGCAAUAUUUAUUUCAAAUCAACCUUUAUGUUACAUUUGUGUUAUGGGUUUCUUCAAUUCAUUGAGAAAUUUAAAAAAAUGGUUCACUGAAAAGACUGGACUUUCUGGACCUAGUGGACCAACAAAACGUAAACAUGAAGAAUGUGAGACUUUAAAUAAUAAACGAAUUCGCAUGGAUGACAGCCUUGUAGAAAUUGUUGAAAUCAGUGAUGAAUCCUUAUCUGAAACCGAAGAGGUGGAAAUUACUGAACCUGGGCCAUCUACUGUGCCACUCAGAGCCAGUCCACCUGUUAUGCUUAUUGAAGGCAGACAGCAUCCAAGAAGAACUAUGUCACCAGUUAGGACAAUCGAUUUAACUGAAAAUAAUGAUGAAGAUAUCAAAAUUAAAAUUAUUCGAUCAUAUAGCUUAUCAAAUCCACAACUUGUAAAUAGUCACAGUACAGAAAUGGUUAGAAGUGCUAGUACUAAGGCUAUAUUAGAAGAUAGAUCUUCAAUUACAGCUUCAAACAAAGGAACAAAAAAAAUAAGUUUUAAUAUGGAAAGUGGACUUUCAACAUUAAAUAUUAAUGACACAACAACUAAUGCUAACAAGGAUAAAUCAUUUGCAAUGGUUUUAAAACAUUAUGUAACGCCAAAACCAGAAUCCAACACUUUGUCAGAUUCUAGUUCUAGAUCACCAAUAAGUAUUGAUAAAGAAAAUAUUUUAAAUCAGUCCAAAUUAUCUCCAACAUCUGGUAAAGAAAAUUUAGACAUUCCAGAAUUAAGUCUUCACAAGAAUAGAAUUAUCAAGCAUGAGUUAUUUUAUGAACGUAUACUAAGAAAAUUUAAAGAGAAACAAGCAGCUGCAAUUCUAAAUUCUGCUACAGUAAUUCAACAAAAAUCACCCGAAGAUAUUUUUCAAGAAAAACUAGAGGUUAUGAAAAAAGAAUUGAAUAAAAUAGAACCUCAAAAGAAAAAUGAUGUUUUUCCCGGUUUUUCUAAAGAAAUAUCUGAAUUGAUUGGACAAAAAAUGUCUGGAUCAUUAAAUGAGAACAUUGUUAAAGGAAAAAAUAUUAAAAAAUUGGAUUUACUAACUAUUUAUUCACCUACUGCUUGGUUAAAUGAUGAAGUUAUAAAUCAUUAUUUAAGUAUGAUAGUUGAUCGUGAUCCAACUAACAUACAUACAUUUGAUACAUUUUUUUAUUCUAAAUUAUUAUCACAAGGGUAUCAAUCUGUUCGUCGAUGGUCAAGAAAAAAAGAUAUAUUUGCAUGUAAAAAAAUGUUUAGUCCUAUUCACUUGGGUAACCAUUGGUGUCUUAUAUGUGUAAACUUCAUUGAAAAAACCGUAAAAUAUUAUGAUAGUUUAGGAGGUAAAAAUCCUCAAUGUUUAAAUACCAUUUUUAACUAUCUAAAACAAGAGCAUGAGAACAAGAAAAAUGAACAAUUAGACUGUAGUGGAUGGAAAAUAAUGGAUGCUGAGGAUUGUCCAAAACAACAAAAUGGUUAUGAUUGUGGUGUGUUUACAUGUGUCAAUGCAGAAUACCUAUCCCGUGAUGCAAAAUUAGAUUUUGUACAAGAUGAUAUGCCCAAAUUAAGAAAUAGAAUAUGUUAUGAGAUCUUAAACAAUCGUUUAUGUUAUUAAACUUAGUCAUCUGUUUCCUAUUGUAUAUUGAGUUAAUUUUAUUCUUAUUUUCAAGUUUCAUGGAGUACCUAUUAAAUUAAUUGGUGAAUUUAAGAUUGACAAAAGGAACAACAUUCCUUAAUUACCUAAUUAGUUUUUUUUCAGUUUAUAUGAAUUCUACUGUUAAUAUUGUACAGAAUAUCCUUUUAUUUUAUAUUUUUAAUAAAAAUAUUGGCCCAAGUAUA